CUGAUCGAAUCAGAAAUACGAAGUCAAGCAUCAGAAAAUCCAGUGGUUGAUACAGAAGUUUUAUUUGAUGGAAAUAACCAAUACCCUUGUGAAUGAUGAACCAUUUUUCUUGGAUGUUGAUGCGAAAGAUGUAAUUGAUAAAUCUUUCUUUGAUAGUUUGAGCUCACUUUUGGCAAGUUCUUCACCAUACAACUGUGAUCAAGAUCAGAUGACUGAGGCAAUGACAAUUGAAACUCAAUAUAAUCUUGCAAAAGUUUCUUGUUCAGGCCUUGGAGAAUCAGACGAAGUUGCAGGAGCUUGCCCUGUGGAUGGGCUUGUGUCUUGCACUUUAAACAGUGAGGACCCAGAAGUUCCAUGCAAUGAAGAUGAUGUCUUCCCCAAACAGCUAUGCCGAUUGACUGUGUCCUCAAUAGGACACAAAGAAUCUGGCAAUCUGUUAUCUGCACGUGUAAAAUAAUUUUCUCGGGGCCA